AUCAGCAGAGAUUGGUUUUAUCUUUGGUUGUAUUCUUUAAAAAUUGGAAAUAGUGCUUUGAACGGGAGUACUUUGGGUUUAUAUUAUUAAAAGGGAUAUAACGGCAUCAUUAUACAUCUUCAAAAGACUAUUUUACAUUUGCAUAUACAUAAUUAACCAUGAGAAUUUAUCAGUGUCACUUUUGCUCAUCUCCAGUGUAUCCUCUUCACGGGAUAAUGUUUGUGAGAAAUGACUCCAAGGAGUUCAGAUUCUGUCGCUCCAAGUGCCACAAGAACUUCAAGCAGCGUCGUAACCCUCGUAAGUUGAGAUGGACCAAGGCAUUCAGAAAAGCUGCUGGUAAAGAGUUGGUGGUGGAUUCCACCUUAACUUUUGCCUCUAGAAGAAACGUUCCUGUCAGAUAUAACAGAGACUUGGUUGCUACUACUUUGACAGCCAUGGCCAGAGUUGAAGAAAUCAGACAGAAGAGAGAAAGAGCCUUCUACAAGAAUAGAAUGAGAGGCAAUAAGGAAAGACAACUUGCUCUUGACAAGAAAUUGAUUGAAGGCCACCCAGAAUUACUCAAGAUCAGAGAAGUCGAGUUAAGAAGAAAGGCAGAAAGAAGAGCCGCCAAGGAAAGUGCUAUGGAGGAAGACGAAGAUCUCGAUGUUUCUGAGUCUGAAGAUGAAAAUGAAGACAUGAUGAGCAUGGAAAGUGAAUCUGAGUCUGACGAAGAAUCCACCAAGGUCAAACAAAAGGUGUUGUUGAAGAACAAGAGAAAAGUCAAACGUUAAGGUUGAAUCAAUUUAUGAAUGGUACUGUAAAUUAACACACUAAACUAUAUCUAAUAUACACUGUAGUAGUCGGAUUUU